AUGGCUGACAACGGCCCCCCUCCUACAACCGGCCAACUGCCGCCACCACCUCAGCCAAAUGCAGGCGCACCUGGCUACGAGAAUGGCCAAAACACGUCGAAUCCUUCGCAUCUGCCCCCGCCGCCUCUGCACAUCCCGCAGAACACAAACCCGAUCCCUACGGCCAUCACCUCGCCCAUGGGUGGAGGUGGCGACAAGAGCGGCAUCAUCUCGCCCGGCGGUGGUGCGUUUGCUCGCCGCGCAGCCCCAGAGCCCAACAAGCGCGCUCUUUACGUUGGCGGAUUAGACCCUCGGGUCACUGAGGAUGUUUUGCGUCAAAUCUUCGAGACCACUGGACACGUCCAGAACGUCAAGAUUAUCCCCGAUAAGAACGCUAAGGGAUAUAACUAUGGCUUUGUUGAGUACGAUGAUCCCGGCGCUGCCGAGCGCGCAAUGCAAACCCUCAACGGCCGGCGUGUCCACCAGUCGGAGAUUCGUGUGAACUGGGCCUAUCAGUCUAACAGCAACAACAAGGAGGACACCUCGAACCAUUUCCACAUCUUUGUUGGUGAUCUUUCUAAUGAGGUUAAUGACGAAGUGCUUCUCCAGGCCUUCUCAGCCUUCGGGUCUGUUUCUGAGGCCCGCGUUAUGUGGGACAUGAAGACUGGCCGCUCCCGCGGCUACGGCUUCGUUGCGUUCCGUGAGCGGCCGGAUGCCGAGAAGGCCCUGAGCUCGAUGGAUGGCGAAUGGCUGGGAUCUCGCGCCAUUCGAUGCAAUUGGGCCAACCAGAAGGGCCAGCCGUCCAUCGCCCAGCAGCAAGCCAUGCAGCAGAUGGGAAUGACGCCGACGACGCCCUACGGCCACCACCACUUCCCCACUCACGGUGUCCACAGCUUCGAUAUGAUUGUAGGCCAGACCCCGGCUUGGCAGACGACUUGCUAUGUUGGUAACUUGACGCCUUACACGACCCAGAAUGAUCUCGUGCCUCUUUUCUCGAACUUUGGCUUUGUUGUUGAAUCUCGCUUCCAGGCCGAUCGCGGUUUUGCUUUUAUCAAGAUGGAUACCCAUGAAAAUGCCGCCAUGGCUAUUUGCCAGUUGAAUGGCUAUAAUGUUAAUGGUCGACCCUUGAAGUGCAGCUGGGGGAAGGACAAGACCCCAACUACUCAGCAAUUCGAUCCCAAUCAACCCCAACAAUACAGUCCCGGGAGUGCGCAGACACCUGGAUAUCCUGGUACGCCCUCCACUUACUUCAACCAGUUUGGCGGUUCGUACGGUCCUGGCCAACAGCCCAACUAUGCUGGCGGUCAGGCGCAGUCGCCCGCCGGAUACAACACGCAGCCGAUGGGAUACACCGGCCCCCCGAGUGCUGGUGGAUAUGGCCGCGGCCAGCAAGCUCAAAACGCGCAGUGGUCCCAGCCUCCCCCGGCCCAGAACUUUAACAACGGCUUUUCUGGCUACCAAGGUUAG